UAAUUUUCCAGUCGAGUUGUACCUAGAUUCUGCUCAUGGCAGCUCCUCGUGCGUGUUGCUUGCUGCUAAGUUACCGUUUGGUAUUUGGAUCUGUGUUUGACUGGCCAGAUGUGCUUGGUGUAUCGACCUGGCUCUUUGAUCAGGGUUCCACCUUUGGGUAUCGACCUGAGCCCCUCGGAGAGUCGACGGCCCUGCGAGGGCCCGCCCCGGAUUGGUCGCUGGGAGAUUCACGGGUACCUCUGAUGCAUUUCCAGGGUCACUGGGCCAAUCCGGUAAAUGCAACUUCUUAUCCUGGUUCCAUUCUUUUUGCUUCUGAAUCCGAAGGGCUUCGGUUCCGAGCUCAUUUGAUCUUUGACUCUGCAAACUUAUCGCUUGUGAAAUUGACACUGGAAAAUAGUGGCAAGCAGACUGCUCACGGCCAGUUCAGCAUUGGAGGUUCAGGUGCCAACAUCUCAGCACAACCAGGUGAAGAAAUCAAUUUCGGGUUGCCCAAUUCAUCCAUGCCUUGCUUUGCCCCUUCACUAUAUGGACGAGGACGGUUGGUCUUGAUCCAAUCGGUCCUUCUGAAAGAUGAAUUGCAGCCGCUUAGUUGGAACGUCACUGACAGCAAGGAGCACUUCGAAGCAACCUCCCUGCAAAUCGACAUUUCCCCAGCCGCAAUGGCAACUGCUUUCAUUCUUGUCACACCAGUGGCAAGCGUUCCGGACAGGAUGGACUUUCGUGAUUUGAGCGACCGAUUCCGCCGAAGCAUUUGGCGUUGGGAAGGCUACUUGCAAGCUGUCAAGGCUCAGCUCCCAGCCCGAAAGUCCCAACUGGACAAGGAUGCCAUUGUGGCUUGGUCUGCUGUGAAGUCUGUUAUGACUCUGUUGGGUAACUGGAGAACUGUGCCAGGAUUGCCCUCUGGAGUUCUGCCAUCCUACAUUGGCUAUGAGGGUGGCUUUUGGUCCUGGGACACUUACAAGCAAGCAGUUGGGAUGGUGCACUUUGCACCUGACUUGGCUAAAGAUCAGCUACGCUUGCUGGUGUCUGCUAGAGAUGCAAUUGGCCAUAUCCCUGACAAGGUGGAUCGCUGUGGGCAUGGGGGUGGCUGCAGUGGAAAGCCACCUUUACUAGGAUGGGCAGUUUGGACGGUCUUUCAGCAAACCCAGGAUCUCGCAUUUCUUCACGAGAUGUAUUCCAUUGUAAGCAACUUUCAUCACUUUUGGUACAAGCAUCGAGAUGUCACUGGAGCUGGUCUUUGCUCUUGGACAGAAGGAAUGGAGAGCGGAAUGGAUGAUGGAGUGCGGUUUCAACCUGAGUUCGCAAGGUCUGUCGCCAACACCACCAGUCAUGUUACUACCCUCGACUUUUGGAGUGUAGAUUUGAACUCGUACCUGUUCAAGGAAAAAAAGUUGUUAUCCCAGAUGGCAGCUCUCCUGGCAUACUCCGAUGACGCACGGGAAUGGGAGCAAGAUGCAGAAGCUUUGCUGCCCAAGUUGCAGAACACCUUCUUCGUCCCAGAUGGAGACAGGGCAGGAUUCUUUUCCGAUGUGUACUUCAAUGGCUCGGUGUUGGAGCCCAGAGCUUGCAGAGUUAUGCAGCUCUGGAGUCAAGAUCUCUCCGAGGCUUUGCCCAUAAAGGGCUGCGAGGGCUUUGCGGCCCUUUUUUCUGGAGUGGCCACAUAUUCCCAGGCACUGAGGAUGGCCAAUACUCUUUGGGAUUCCAAUCAGUUCUUCCUGAAUUUCAGCCUUCCCACAGUGAGCAAGAACAAUCGUUUCUUCAAUGCCCAGGGGUACUGGAAGGGCCCUACAUGGAUCGAUCAAACUUGGUUUGCGUAUACUGGGCUGAGAAGCUUUGCUCGCAUCAAGGGCAAUGGUUCUUCAGUCUUUGCAGGGCUUGCGUCAGAGCUGAAGCAGAGAAUCUUCCGGGGCUUUGUAUCCAACGAUACGACCCGCUUGGUGAUGAUGGGUGAAGGGUGCCAUACAUCUAGUAAAUCAGUCCGAAGAAUGUACUUCAGAGAAAGACACACCGCCAGGACACCUUUACAUGAGCACUACCAUCCGGAGACAGGAGCUCCACAGGGAGUUCCCCAUUUCAGCUGGACAGCUGCUCACCUGCUGAUGUGGGUAGAUGAGGGGAAUAAGACCUCGUCUGCCUUGGUAAAUGAGGAUGAUGUGACGUGGAUUUGAUCUAUUUCUAUCGAUGUUUGGCCCAAAGUAGGCCAUGUGAUUGAUCGGACUGACUCAGUUCGAGCCUGUACAUACCACCAAUGCACCGUUUGAAAUGAUUUCAAGUGUCCGUACGUCUCUGUGAAG